AUGGCUGGCUCCACGCGUUCCGCCGCCGCUGCCGCCGCCGCCGCCGCCAAGAAGGCUGAGGAGGAGCGCACUGCGCGCAGAUCCGCGCGCGAGGCCGCCCUUGCCCGCGCGGCCAAGGCUGAAGAGGAGACCACCGCCGCCUGCUGGGAGCGCGACGCAGCCACCGCCUUGGCUACCCCACGCGUCGCUCCUCCCUUACCUCGGCCACACCCCAGCACUCCGCUGGCCUCCCUGCCUCGUCCAUCGGCUAGUCGGACGGCCUCAGAUGUCCGGGAUUGGGCGGCGGAUGAGCCGACCAUCGAAUCUACAUGGACUCGGAAGCGGAGGGCCGCUUCCGCUAGUAGCAGUGACAGCAACCCAGAUGCUCUUGGGAUUGAUGAGUCGGAGAAGGGGAUUUUUGGUUCCCUUAAGAGCAUUGUCCAGUUGCCCCCUAGCCCAUCAAAAGAUGGUGAUUGGUUGGGCGAUACUGCUACUGGGACGGCGGAGAGUCCUGCAGCCGAGGAGGCGGGCAAGAAGUUUCCUGUCGCUGGCAUUGAGAAGCAGACUGGAGAUCAGCCGAAGAGUCCUGCGGCUGCCGCCAACGUUGAUCUGAUUCUGCUGGAGACGCCGCGGCAAGAGGUGGAGAAACCAGACAAGGAGUCAACUGCCAAUCUGGCUAAGCAAGUCACUGAGCAGGCCAAGUUCCUUCGGCGGACUGGAGAGGGUCUUCAGUUGACAGCUAACCAGACACAGCAGCUUGAGAAGAUGGCUGCUCUUGAGAAGUCUUCUCGGGAGCAGUCGGAAAAGGUCAGGCUUCUGGAGGCCUGGGUUGAAGCUUUGGAGCAGGACAAUUCUGUUAUGAAAGAUAAGGCCUCCAAGCUGCAAGAGAAGGCCAAGACUGCUGCCAAGGAGAAGAAAGAGCUUAAAAGCUUGUUGUUGCAAAGGGAUGAACUAGUGACUGAUCUUAAAAAUAUUAUGUAUCAUCACGAAUAUGCUAUGGAGAAGUUGACCAAGAUCAAGGCUAACGCUGACAAGGAAAUGGUCAGCGAUAUGAGGCAGAUCAAGGAGUUGUCCCAGCAGCUAGCUGAUCUUGAGGUGGCGGCUAAAGUAGUCGUCGACAUGGUCGAGGAUGAGGGAGCUGGUGAGAAGAGUCUGCUGGAGCGUCUUCGUGAAGCCCCCUAG